AUGAACAAAGUGUAUGACGUACUGGGAAGCAAAAAAUGCUCAGGCUUACCGGCUUUCCAUGCCUUAACCGGGUGCGAUUUCAACCCUGAAUUUUACCGCAAGGGAAAAAGGAAACCGUGGGAACUGUAUUCUGCCAAUGAAGAUUUCCAAGAAGCUUUCAUCGCAUUGCAAAGCCCAGAUAGCGACAGUUACGAAAGUGCAUUUACCACGCUGGAGGACUUUGUCUGCAAAAUGUACGCAACAGCGAAAAAUGGCAUCAGAAAAUGCUUUAAUGUAGGCGAGGCUCGUCUACGAAUAUUUACGCAAACAUAUACAAACAAAAUAGAGUCCACAGACGAGUUCAAGCAAAAGUUGAUGAAUUUCGAUGCUUGCAUAUUGCCACCUUGUAAACUGCCCAACGAUUCAUUGAAUGUAGAGGAAUUCGGCUGGAAACUGGAAAAUAACAGCUAUUCCUUCCGGUGGUUCGAGGGUGAUGACAUUCCUCCUAAUAUACAGGAAAUUAUUGAAGCCCCAAAAGAAAGCGGCGCUAAUGACGAGGAAGUCAUAUCGAUGUAUCCAAAUUUUGAUGAUGAAGAGGAUGACGAAUCGAAUAAUGACGAUGACAGCGAUUGCCAAUCCGACAUUGGCUACACAACGGAGGAAGAGUACGUACAUAGCCGCAAUGAUGAUGAUGAUAAUGAUAAUGUCGAUAAUGAUGAUGAAGCGGUUGAUGAUAAUGAUAAUUAA